CCGGUACUGUACACAAUUUUCGCGCUCGCUGUGCUUUCACGGUGCGCUCAUGUAUUUUUUGUAAAUAGCAAAAUGGCUGGAUCACGAAUGAAUAAGAGAUUCUGUGUAAUUGGAGUGGCUUUAUUACUUGCCACAUGCUAUGGUUGGAUUCGGCUCUUGCUUCUUACCUUCUCUUAUGACACUCUUCCUCGCCAAACAGCUCAUCAUUUGAGAUUUUCUCUCAGUUUGCCACAAGAGGCGGAAUGGUAUGAACAGCAAUGCUUUGGAAAGAUUGAUGAGAAACUCAGCAUUUCAACUUUAGAGGAUACCAUCGGGAGAUGGCAAAUUGCUCUGCAUCCUGAUUGUUUAAAGGUCUUCCAGAAAUUCACCACCAUUUACAGCAUUAGCAGGAGGACGGGUCAUGUAGUAAUUCCUGAGACAUUCCAGACCAAGGUCUUGAAGUGGUUGGGUAAUGAUGAGGAGCUCUUGAAGGAAGUGAAGCUGCAGCAUAUCACAUCUAUCUUUAAUCGAUACACCCAUGAGAGUGCUAUCUUCAACCCUCUUCGUGCCAAGAGACCUGGAGCUACCGACCCUGGGGAAGACAUUGACCAGUACAUUGAAGAGCUCAUUAGCAGCUCACAGAACUGUGAUUUCUGUGAUUUCAAAUUUAAGACAGCUGAAGACACAUUUGGUCGCAUAGAAUCAGAGCAUGCUGUAACUGCAUCGAAUACCUUCAAGUACGAUGCCUACCAUGCUCUUAUUAUUCUCAAGAGUCAUCAUCCUCUCAAGUUCUCUGAGGAGCAGUUCCUUGAUAUGUUUGAUGUCGCCAUGAAAUGGUUCUUGAAGGUGCACUCAACAGAUAAGCAGUACGUCUACCCCCAUCUCAUGUGGGAUACUCUGCCUAAAGCCAGCGCGAGUCAGAUCCACCCUCAUGCGCAGGCCAGUGUGAGCUCAGAGAGACAUUAUGGUUUGAUGGAGCACAUCAGACUGUCAGCACUGGAGUAUAGUCUGAAAAAUAAUGGACAAAACUACUUCACUGAUCUCAUUCAGGUUCAUAAUGCUCUUGGUCUGACCACAAAGUUUGGGGAAGCUACAGCUAUGGCCUACCUCACACCCAAGAAAGACUAUGAAGUCAUGAUCAUCAGUCCGAUGGCUGGUAAAGAUUUUAUCAGGUUACUUUACUAUACAAUAAGAGCAUUCAUUGAUGAUCUUCAUUUAUAUGCAUGGAGCCUUGCGAUUUUCUUACCCAAACUGGAACCUUAUGGUAUUCCCAAAGCAGAGGACAUACCAGCUGUUGCAAGAAUCAUCAGUAGAGGGCCUCCUACUAAUCCAAGGAAUGACAUCAGUGCGAUGGAGCUUUUUGCUGCAUCCAAUGUGAACAUCGAUCCCUUCAGCGUCAUUGAACACAUCAAGAUGUCUGUUAGCAUGAAGGGGCGACUCCAGGCAGGAGACCUGAAGAAGAUAGCGGAGCGGAAAGAACAGCUCCAGCAUGAGAUGGAUGAACUGGAGAAACAGGAGGAAGAGCUGGAGCUGAAGGAGAAUAUUGAGAAGGAUGCGGGGAAUCUGGAGGUUGGGGAUGAUGGAGGGGAGGUGAAGAUGGUAGGAGUGCUGGAGGAUCCAGGAGGGGAUAGAGGGAUAGUAAGAAGAGGAGGAGAUGGAAAUGGAGCCACGGAGCGAAGAGAGGAUGGAUUGAAACUCAUGAAAGAGCAACUGAUAUCUCAGAGAGGCGCAGGUAAUGAUGAGAAAGAGCAGAGGCUAGGUGAUGAUGAUCCUGAGGGUAAAGAUUUUGAAGGGAAGUACUUAGAAGGGCAUGAUACAAGGAGGCGAGUCGUCUGGCCAGGUGAUGGGGUUGGUAUCGAGGAAGAAAUUGGUGAUAAAACGUGAAGCGAAAGUAGUAGGAAACGUACGUUGUUGGAAGAUGUUGUAUUCCACCAUGAUUGCAGUCAUUCAGUACAGCCUAGCGAUGAUGUGAUAAUCAACUUUCAAUGAAAUAAUCGUAUUGAAACUGACUCAUAGCAGGCCAGGAAUGAUUAUUCAGUACUAUCCAGAAUCAUUAUUGAGAAAUGUCCAUUCUAGAACGUGUUUAUGAUGAAUGAGGAAGUAUUUUCCAUAAAAUCAAAUAUAGAUAAUAUAUCUUCUUGUUCACAGGGUAUUUGAAACUGUUUAUACCUAUGGUUAAGAAUAGAAAGUGGUAAUAUAUCUGUAAAGCACCUAGACACAUCGUUGAUUUAUUAAGUGCUAUAUAAAAGCGGGAUAUUAUUAUCAUUAAUUAUGGAAGAAUAAAGUGAGUAACUAUGGAGGUAGACAAAAUAAACAUAAAAUGGUCCUUGACAUUUCCUCUUGUGCUUGUCUAUUCAAGUAGGAUGACUCAUUUUCAUGAUCGGGUUGUAUAUUAUCAUGAAUGUACAACCAGGAAAUGUUUCAUCGGCAAGGAAGUACACUAGACUGUACCUUGAGUGGUACUUCUUGAGUGGUACUUGUUUAAAUUGGCUAUGAAAGAAUUUUGUUGUAUGUGUUUGUGGUAAUGAGGAAGCUGGGGGUUAGAUGUCAUUUAAAUGGAGAGACUAUUAAAAAACAUUUCGAAAGGGAAUUUCUAAGAUUAUUACAUGCCAAUACAAACAAAGUCUCUAAGUAUCAUCAUUUAAAUGCCAACUUUUCAUAAAUUUAAAGUCAGAAACAAUGUGAGUUGGGAAACAGUGAUGACUUAUAUGUUUUACUUGACUGCUAAGAUAGCAAGUGUAUGUCAAGUGAUCUUUUGUUCUUCAGCUCCAAGUCCUAUCCAAGGGACUUUCGAAACCAGGAUCUCCUAGAUACCAGUCCACUGCCCCUACCAUGCACUAAGUCAUGUAUGUACAUGCCAUGCCAGUGUAUGGCCCCAUGUAGCUACCCUAGGCUUUGAAGUACGUGCCGAACUACUUUCCUGCAAUGGUCUGUCUCUGAGCAUGAACUGCAUUUCCAGGUACCUGUAAAUGACUGAUGCCCUUUACAUGAUUUAAACACAAAAUCCCAAAUCUUGUUUUUUAUACACAUAAAUGGUUUCAGAAGGUGGGGAUUUUUGAGAAAAUUAAAUUAAAUCAAGCUCCAAGAAAAAGUCUACCCAGGGAGGAAGUCAUGUACACGGAAAUAUGGCACUUCACCUAGAUCAUAAUCCUGUUAUUGGUUUCGAAAAGGAAGUGAUAGCAAUAAAGAAUCAUAUCGUUUGAGUGUGGUGGUUUGUAUUUAUAUUUGCUUCUGGUGAAAUAACAAUGAUUUGAUCAGGAAAGCUUACCAUGAACAAAAUGAGGAAAUAACAAUUUGAAGUAAAAAACACCUGUAAAUGCUUUUGAACGUGACAAUAAUAGUGAAGAUGGCAAUAUGUAAAUUUAACAAACUGUAUGUGUAUACCUAGGCAGGCUAUCCUUAUGGUUCAAAACUGAAAUCAGUGCUGCUUUAAUUGGCCACUGAAACUUUUUUUUAAUUGUUAUUAUUUAACAGCGAUUUAUAUUAAUAAUAACAAAUUUUAAUCUCGAUUAAAAAAAAAAACGUGAAACUGGUCACCGACCUUCUUUUCUGUUACAAUUUAUUGCACUUGUUCUUCAUCACAAUAUGCACUAGAAUUCCUGACUGAUUUGAGUAUGUUACAUACCUGCUUGCUCUAUAAAUUAUAUAUAUACACACACCACAGACUUACUAGAUACAAAUAGAAUUCUAGUGUUUCCUAUCAUGCAUUUGACCAUAAAAGGUAAACCCGAAAUGGACAACUUUCAAGAACUCCAUAAAUGUAUUGUCAGGAAGUUUGUUUUAAGAAGGAAAAAACCAUGAAGUCAGAUAACGGGUUGUGGUCAUAGCUUUGAGCGGGAUGUCCAUGAGUUCUAUUUCUGGAAUUUCCUGGACUUGGAUUUACCUAGCUUUCUGAUAUAAUACAACACAGCAAAUCUUUGCUGAGAAUAAACUGCUUUAACCUAUUGAAUCCUCGUAGUGGAUUGUAAAAUAAGAGUAUGUGCCGCAGGGUUAUUUUUUAUGCUGUCCUGUGGAGGCCAGUCCAGGCAUUAUUUAAACCAUAAAGUGUGCAAUUUUUUUAUUUUGACAAGUAAAUGACUUACUUGCAUUUUUUUCUUAAAAUAUUGAUGUUAUAUGAAUGAAAUAAUUGGACAGUAGAUAAAAAUUGAAAAAGCAUGUGUGCUAUGUAAUUUCCAAAUGAAUAGUUUUAUUUGUCUGUGUAAACAAAAUUGGAAAGACAGUAUUACUAUAUUAAAGGAAGUUCAUAAAUGUUCAGACAAAAGAAGGUGGUACUGUUUUAUAUAAGAUAGAGUACUAAUUUAUCAAUUAAUCUCGAUUUGUUGACCUAUGAAAAUGGAUUUCUUGUUGAAUUUUAAGCAAUUGUGUUGUUUAUGAUUGUGCAACUCUGGGAAAUGCAAUAAACUUUUCAAAUGUGUAAAUAUUAAAAAGGAUCAUUUUAAAAUUUUACAUACAUACCUAAGAAAAAUAUAAGAAAGAUCCAUAUUGGGACAAGGGUGUAUAACAAGCAUUAAAAUAUUAAUUGAAACUUUGCCGUAUUUGAGCUAUCUAAUAUUAAAAUCAAUUGUACUGACAAUGAGUUUUUAUUUGUAAAAAUGCAAUAGAAAUGAAAGGAAAUUAUUUUCAUAUUAAACUUGAAGUUUGAAAACAUAUUCAUUUA